AUGUUAGAAUCUUUGGAGAUCAGAAGCGAAGACUCCAUCAGCACAUUGGGCAUGAUCCUUGGAGUGGGACUCUCACUGCUACUCGUGUCCAUCCUAGGCUACAGUUUAGCCAAAUGGUACCAGCGCGGGUACUGCUGGGACGGGCCUAACUUUGUCUUCAACUUAUACCAAAUCCGGAACCUGAAGGACUUGGAGGUGGGACCACCCUUCACCAUCAGCGGCCACAUGAGCAGUCCAGAUGGCGGCUACAUGAAGUUCUCCAAUGACAGAGUCUGAUGGAGCAGCUUCUAGCUUCUGAAGGUCAGGAGAGGAAAGGCUCCUGGGUCAUCAUGAACUCCUCCCGCCUUCCUGGGCCCUGAAAGCCUGACCUGGCUCUGAGUUCAGGAUGAUGUCUCCCCAGCACCUGGUCUGCUCAGGCUUCCGUGACCAACCAUCAUCAUCACCUCGAUGCUUCUUGAACCGCUUUCACCUGCAUUCAAAUGCUUCUUUGACAUGAAUGAAUGGAAAAGUUCUACCCGU